GUCUCGAUAUUCCAAAAAAAUUUUCAUUACAUUGCGUAUAAUAUCUUCAUUUCUCGAAUCUUCCUUCCUUCGAUCAAUCUCCAUCUCCAUCUCCAUCACCGGAGAACACCAUCCAUGGCCAGCCUAUGGCGAGCCGCGAUGGACUCGAUCCAAGCCAACACCGAUGACUACGACGGCGUCGAGUUCUGGGGCCCACCUGAGCGCGCCGGCUGGCUCACCAAGCAAGGUGAGUACAUCAAGACUUGGCGUCGCCGCUGGUUUGUCCUCAAGCAGGGAAAGCUAUUCUGGUUCAAGGAAUCCAAUGUCACCCGGGCCUCCAGGCCGCGCGGCGUCAUCCCCGUGGCCAAUUGCCUAACCGUCAAGGGCGCCGAGGAUGUGCUUAAUCGCCAAUUCGCCUUCGAAUUAUCCACCCGUAAUGAUACGAUGUACUUCAUUGCUGAUUCGGAGAAGGAGAAGGAGGAUUGGAUCAAUUCAGUUGGGCGAUCGAUUGUUCAGCACUCGAGGUCGGUUACUGAUAGCGAGAUCCUCGAUUACGACAGCCGGAAAUGAUUCGGUGAAGGAUCAAGUAACUAGCAGGGCUCGGGAGGGGGUUUUCAGGUGUACGGAUUUCUGGAGUGUAGUAGCUGUUAAUAUUGAAAAUGUAAUGUUAAUGAAGUUCCUAUUACCUAUACAUUACAUUUGAAAUCUCUGACUGAUGUAUAAAUGAAGAGGAAGAGACGAAUGAAGUGAAUUGUAAUGUGGUAAUUUCAAAUUCUGUGCCCAAUCUAAGCUUCUACGUUUUGUUCUA